CUCAUCUCCCCGUCGCUCCAGAAAAAGACGCCGAGAAUGACGCAGUCAAAAAACCAGCCCGUGGGCUUCUGCUUCAUCAACACGGCUCAUCCGAGCGAGGCGACGAGUUUCAGUACCCUCAGCCAAAUCAGGUCGCACGCCGCCAAGGACAUUCGCGCUCGAGCACGGAGGUCUCGGCGAGCGACCGGGACGGAUAGAGGAUCCAAGAACCGGGUGCGUCGCGGCAACCAUGUUGCAAGUGCCGUGGCCGGGGAAGUCGAUAAUAAAACCGAGCCGAGUUGUACCCCAGAGCAAGAGGCUGUUGAGAGGAACACCCAUUUUGGCAGUCAACCUGCAUUACCUAGCAGGCUGCAAAUCCCAUGGCUAUCCAGCAGAGACCCGCAAUGGAGCCCGGCUCGGCAGCUUUCAGCCCAAGAACUCUUCCUGCUCGACCAUUACAUCAACUAUGUCGUGCUAUUCCGCAAGGGAAGUUGCUACAAGACUGGCGGCAAUAGAAGCUACCCUGUGGUUGGUGGCAACACCAAGGCUUGGUUCACCAGUAUGCAGCUGAAGUGCUGGCUACCGUUUGCUCUGUCAGACCUCGGCCUCCUUACGACACUGCUCCUCCAUGCAUGUCGCAGCUUAGACUUGCUAAGUGGCUUUCCAAACUAUGCUGGCAUGUACACUGCCUACAAGCACCAAUGCAUCCAGUUCACAAAUAACUCCUUGUCUUUUGAGGAUACAAGAGUCAGCGAUGCCACUAUUGCUAUGGUUAUGGCACUGCUGUCUGAGUCAUACAGUCUUGGCAAUCUUGAGGAGUGGCAGAUCCACCUUCGUGGCUGUACUAACAUGAUUGGGAUAAGGGGAGGCAUCGACGCUCUCGGACUGGAUGGUUUUCUGAAGGAGAUUAUCGUAAAGUCACCACUGUAUUAUGGGCACCAGAGCUUAUACUCCGAUUAGGCCGGAACACAAGCUUAGAGCUUUGUACUUGCAAAUCUGAUUGCUAAUUCGGCUGGGCAUCAUCAGUAACUAGGCUUGAGGAGAAUGGCAGGUCCUUGUUCAGCCCAAAUGAAGGAUGUUUCCCACCGUGGAGUCUUUGGUUGCUGUUAGUGCCUUUGGUGUGCGACCGGCCAUUUUCUUAGCAUUAGGUGCCAAGAAAGUCAAGUGCCAGGGCGGGGAACAAACUGCUGAUGAAUGGAAAGGUAUAGGGUAGGUAGCUAGCAACACCUAUCAUCCUCGAUGUACUGAUACCAAAUCCGUCAAUGUCAAAGUCUUUAUAGAACCCGUUACCUGGACAAAUUCGUGAUAGUCGGCCGGCAGACAUGUGACCCUUGGCCCAUGAAUAGAAUCAAUCUGAAAAAGGGUUCGUCCUUCAUGGAACACAUGUCUUUACGCUCACUCUCCCAUAC